UGGAAACAAUAAUUACGUUCAUUUGUUUGUUUUAAAAUCGAAACUGCGUCUCACAUAUUUUUGCUAGAUAUCAGAAAAGUGACAUGCGCAGUGUACUUUGCGCAGAAGAGUCAGAACGACAAUAACAACAAACGCCGAAUAUACAUAACGAAAUGGCUAUACAAAUAGCCAUUCUGGAUUGUGACCUGCUGCUCCAUGGUCGUGGACAUAAAACUCUCGACAGGUUUGAUAUAGAGACUGUUUCAGAUGAGUUCCUAUUAACAACGUUUGGAUUCCCUCGAGAUUUCAUCUACUACCUGGUGGAGCUGCUGCGUGACACUUUAUCACGACGUACGCAACGGUCUCGAGCAAUCAGCCCAGAAGUUCAGAUUCUUGCUGCUUUAGGAUUCUACACCUCAGGAUCCUUCCAGACGAGGAUGGGAGAUGCCAUUGGCAUUAGCCAGGCUUCCAUGAGUCGCUGUGUGACAAAUGUAACCAAGGCACUGGUUGAGAAAGCUCCAGAGUGCAUAGGAUUCAUGAGAGAUGAAGCCACAAAACAGCAGUCCAAAGAGGAGUUUUUCAGGGUAGCGGGAAUACCUAACGUUAUGGGUGUUGUAGACUGUGCCCAUAUAGCCAUUAAGGCACCUAAUGCAGAUGAUUCUUCAUAUGUCAAUAAGAAAGGCUUCCAUUCAAUAAACUGUCAACUUGUGUGUGAUGCCAGGGGACUUUUGCUCAGUGCAGAGACUAACUGGCCUGGCAGCUUACUGGAUAACUGCAUAUUUAAACAGUCUUCAGUGUACAAGGAAUUGGAAGAGCAGGAAAAUCACGAAGGCUGGUUAUUAGGAGACUGCCACUAUCCUUUAAAGAAAUGGCUGAUGACACCUGUCCAGUACCCAGAAACUUCAGCAGACUUUCGAUACAACCUGGCUCACACUGCCACUCAUGAGAUUGUGGACCGCACGUUCAGGGCCAUUCAAACCCGUUUCCGUUGCCUGGAUGGGUCCAAAGGCUACCUUCAGUACUCACCUGAGAAGUGCUCUCACAUCAUUCUGGCCUGCUGCGUCUUGCACAACGUGUCAUUGCAAUCAGGCUUGGAUGCCUGGACGUUUGAGAGGACUGAUAUACCAGACCAGUCAGACGACGGCAGUCGAAAGCCAGAGUCUGUGGACUCGGAGGCAGUCCGAAUCCGCCAGGAGCUCAUUCUUAGUCACUUCAGCUAGAUCUGCGUGCUCAGAAUCAACAGGGAAACACUAUGUUUCACAGAGACACUGCCUACAAUAGAGAAGUGGUUGACACCAGAUUCUGUAUAAGCAGAAAGAAAGAUAAUUUUGUGACUAAUAUAGGUUUUAGUAGGUGUAGAUAUACAGUCGCUUCAGAAAGUAUUCAUACCCUUUGAAUAAUUCCACAUUUUGUUGUUGGAUUAAAUUGAUUAUUUUUCUCACCCAUCUACACACAAUACCCCCUAAUGGCAAAGUGAAAACAUGUUUUUAGAAAUGUUUGCAAAUUUAUUGAAAAUUAAAUGUGUAUUCUGAUGACAAGAAUACCCAUAACAUAAUGCAGCCACCACCAUGCUUGAAAAUAUGGUGGUACUCAGUGAUGUGUUGGAUUUGUAUGUAUAUGUAAAAUUUAUGUAUAUGUAGCAGAAAAGCUGUAAAAAAAACAAAAAGAUAUUUCUCCUCCUCAAAUACUGUAUUUGGCGGGUUGUGAGCAUGUUGAGAGAUGUGUCCAUUCUUAGGGUUUGAUUCAAUCAGAUAAACAAAAAAAGUGUGCAUGUUUUGGAAUAUCUGUAUUCUGUACAGGCUUCCUUCUUUUCAUUCUGUCAUUUAGCUUAGAAACUACAAUGUGUUCGAUCCAUCCUCAGUUUUCUCCUGUCACAGCCAUUAAACUCUCUUAAAGUCACCAUUGGCCUCAUAGUGAAAUCCCUGAGCGGUUUCCUUCCGAUCCAGCAACAGAGUUAGGAAGGAUGCCUGUAUCUUCUUUUUAUUUAACCUUUAUUUAAAUUGGCAAGUCAGUUAAGAACACUGAGCUCAGCACACACUGAGCCCCAAUUGUGCGCUGCCACAGUGGGACUCCCAAUAACGGCCGGUUGUGAUACAGUCUGGAAUCAAACCAGGGUCUGUAGUGACGCCUCUAGCACUGAGUUGCAGUGCCUUAGACCGCUGCACCACUCGGGAGUGACUGGGUGUAUUGAUACACCAUCCAAAGUAUAAUUAAAAACUUCACCAUGCUCAAAGAGAUAUUCAAUGUCUGUUUUAUUUUUACCCAUCUACCAACAGGUGCCCUUUGCGAGGCAUUGGAAAACUUCCCUGGUCUUUGUAGUUGAAUCUGUGUUUGAAAUUAACUGCUUAACUGAGGGACCUUACAGAUAAUUGUAUGUGUGGGGAAAAGAGAUUAAGUAGUCAUUCAAAAAUCAUGUUAACCACUAUUAUUGUACACAGAGUGAAUCCAGCAACUUAUUUUGUGGCUUGUUAAGGAAAUGUUUACUCCUGAACUUAUUUAGGUUUGCCAUAACAAACGGGUUGAAUACUUAUUGACUCAAGACAUUUCAGCUUAACAUUUUUUAUUAUUUAGUAAAAAAAAUUCUAAAAGCAGAUUUCAACUUUAACAUUAUGGGGUAUUGUGUGUAGGCCAGUGACACAAAAUCUCAAUUCAAUCAAUUUUAAAUUCAAGCUUUAACAACAGCAAAAUGUGGAAAAAGUCAAGGUGUGUGAAUACUUUCUGAAGGCACUAUGUAUUUGCAAACACUGGAAUUGUCUACAAGAGUGCAGGGUGUGGUGUACAAGAUUUAUACGCUCCAAUAAAUACAUGUGUAAA